CAGAAAAGGGUAUUUUGGUAAAAUCGCGAUGCAAUUGAAGGGUUUAUAAUUGGCGUGGGCAUUAAGCGUAGGUUUGCAGAAAUCUCAUUGAAAAAACAUUGCCUGGAACAAGCUGUAAGCAAACUCGUUGUCACCAUGGUUUCCUCUGUCAAGGAUCCACGAGAGGAAGUCCUUCAAGCAUGGUACAUGGAUGAUAGUGAUGAAGAUCAAAGACUACCCCACCACAAAGAACCCAAAGAGUUUGUCUCAUUCGAUCAACUUGCCGAACUUGGAGUUCUUAGCUGGAAACUAGAUGCUGAUAACUAUGAGACUGAUCCAGAGCUGAAAAAGAUUCGUGAAGAACGUGGUUACACUUACAUGGAUGUUUGUGAGGUCUGCCCAGAAAAGUUGCCAAAUUAUGAACAGAAAAUCAAAAGCUUCUUUGAAGAGCAUCUUCACACUGAUGAGGAAAUCCGCUUUUGUGCUGCUGGAAGUGGCUAUUUUGAUGUCAGGGAUCGAAAUGAUGCUUGGAUUCGCGUGUGGGUCAAGAAAGGAGGAAUGAUCAUCUUACCUGCUGGAAUUUAUCAUCGCUUUACCCUAGAUGAGAGCAACUACAUUAAGGCACUGCGAUUUUUUGUUGGUGAGCCAGUUUGGACUCCACACAAUCGCCCAAAUGACCAUCUCCCAGCAAGACAGCAGUAUCUAAAGGAUUUUGUGGAAAACGAUGCCGGUAAUCACGCUGUUAAUGCUGCUGCGUAAAGAUCUUGUCUGCCUUAUCUAUGCAAGUUGGUGAAAAGGAUUAAGACUUUGUUGCUAAAGUAGUAUCGUUUGAAAAAGGAAAAUAAUAUGGCUCUUUAAAUAAAGAUUUCCGUUCUUUUAUGUAUCGGUUUGUGAUGUUGUUAGCUUUGAUGUAUCCUCGCGUGUUGUUCUUCCCUGUCACUGUAUAAAGAUUGCAUUGUAUUAUUACAAGAAGUUAGUACAGAAUAUGCAUAAACAUGUUUUAGUAUCGUA